UCGCGUUUACAAACAAGAUGGCUUCCUAGUCGUUGAAUAGUUUUACCACCUGUGAAAAAUUCGUUGUUUUGGUCGCCAGAGGAUAUUUCUUUCGUACGUCGGCGCUUCAUUUGCACUUGGCAACAUUUUGCCUCAUACAUUUAUAUAGAAAUUAGCUUAGAAUUGAUACAAAAUGAAGUCGGACAUGGAGGAGUUAAUGCCGAGACUGCUGCCUGUUGAGUUUGAAGCUGGUGCAGAGGAGCUGGACCUGAAUGGACCGCCGAGAAACCCCCGGGAAUACCUCCGACAAGUCCAGUUGGAGGCUUCACAAUGUCCAGAGGUGGUGGUUGCUCAGAUUGACCCCAAGAAAUUAAAGAAGAAACAAACAGUCAAUGCCUCUGUCGCAGGUUGCCAUGCUGCUCCUGUGGGUUUCUGCCCCAGUCUCAGCUGGCAGCAGCACCAAGUCAGUAACUUCUCAGAUGUCAGACAGAGCAUCACAAAGAACAGGAAUCACUGGAGCAGCCAGACUCUGGAUGAUAAUGUGCUGCUGCCAACGCUAACAGACGAGAAGGGCUGGAUGAGAUUUUGUUUAGGAGAGACGGUCAAUCUGGGCACGUCUUCCUGCCACACAGAUGCUGAACCAGAGCCAGCACUGGACUAUAGCAAGGUGGGCUUCCCUCCCUUCCUCAGCAUAGUCAGCAGACUAAACCAGUCUACCGUACUGAUGGUGUUGGAAAUUCUAAUCUCUUGGUUUGAGGAACACCACUUUGUUCCACAGUUGGGUCGCUGGUUGUAUGCUUUGUUGGCCUGCCUGGAGAAGCCUCUGCUGCCUGAAGCCCACUCCUGCAUCAGACAGUUGGCCAGGAGAUGUGCUCAGCUCCGCAGCACACUGGAGAGUCCGGAGGAUGACAAACUGCCCGCUCUCAACCUGCUCAUCUGUCUUGUUGCCAGAUAUUUUGAGCAGAAUGACCUGGCAGACCAGCCGCAGUGAAAGCAGGGGUGAACUAUUGACCAACAUCAACAAGACAGUGAGAAGGGAUGUGUCAAAAGCCCUCUGAGUGAUAGAGCAUUCAGACAGCAGGCUGUACAAUAAAGCAACAAGAAAUGACCUAAAGAUGGAGAGUCUUUGCCAACUGAGUAAAAUCACUGGAGAGAACUGAACAUUUCCAAGGAUGCAACACUGCAAACAACCAUGUAGGGAACUUUGGAGAUGCUGCACAUUAAAGUUGCUAUAAAAGUUGAGGACAGAGCCAAAGGGACUAGAUCAUGAAAGUAGCCAUGUUAUUUGAACCUUUGCUGAUAAAAAUGAACAGCAAACAAAACUAAAGAUAAUAAUCAUCUUUUGUUUCUUUGUAAAUUUAAUUGAGGUUUAUGGAUGCAAUAUUUUUCUAUUAAACUGUGCUUUGUGGGAUAA